CGCGUAUGUUUCUGUUUGCGACACACGUGCUUCACAGCGCUCUGCUGGCCUUCAUCUCUGACAGCACGACGACUGAGAAGGUUUCAUGGGAAGAAGCAAGAAGAAGACGAAUAAGGAGAACAAAACAAAACCAGGCGCCAGGAAAAGUUCGGAAAACCUCAAAGCAGAAGAAUGCAACGUCGACGAUCUCCUGUCUCAGAUGGAAAGCUGCAUGAACGAACUGCAAUACGAUCAAGCGAGGGAGUAUGGCGAAAGCGCCUUAAGAAAAGAACCGAACAACCUUAAAGUACUUGAUGCCCUCUCCAGUCUGCUGCUCGAAAUGGCUGAUCCCUCAAGCGCCCUGGAACUGUUGCAUAGAAUGGUCCAGUUGGAUCCGGAUGGGGGCUACAGAAAAUAUCUCAGCUUGGGCCAGUUGACAGGUGGCAAGGAGUCAUUGGCACACUAUGCUAAGGGGGUGCAGAUACUGUGCAAUCUGCUGCAGGAGCAACAAGGCUUGGCUGCUGCAUCUGAGGGAAGCAGUGAGGCCGACCUCAAUCGAGCGCUGUCAUCUGCUUACUGUGCCAUGGCAGAGAUCUAUAUGACUGACUGUUGCGAUGAAGAGGACGCAGAGCAGCAGUGUUCAGAGUUAGUGCAGAAGAGCAUCCAGGCAGACCCUAGCAAUCCUGAGGCCUUCCAAGUACAGGCAAACUUCCUGCUUGUCAAACAAGAACAUGAGGCAGCAAAAGAGGCCAUGCAGCGAAGCCUCAGUCUUUGGCUACCGCAGCACGAGAGGCUGCUACUUGGUGAAGACGCUGGAAAUAGUGACCCUGUAGAGGUUUGUCCUCUAAGUUAUAGCAGCCGCGUAAAUGGAGCCAAGGUUCUGAUUGAACUGGAGAUGCUUGAUGAGGCCAACACUGUUCUCGAUGGUCUGAUUGAAGAAGACGACGGAGUAGUUGACGUGUGGUACCUGCUUGGGUGGCUGAACUACCUCCGUGGGGGAGAGUACCAGGGAAAUGCACGGUACUACCUUAGCAAGGCUCGUGAGGUAGCCCGCAAGGUACAAUUUGAUGACGCAGAUGAGUUGGCACACAUCGAGGAGCUCUUGGCCGAGUUAGGGCCAGAGCCCGAAGGAGGAGAUGAGGAUGAAGAUAAAGCCAGCUUCGCCAGUGAGAGUGAGGAAGAAGAAGAAGCCAUGGAGAUGUAGGUCACUUAGGAGGAACAUUGUGUGCUUUGAAUGAACUGAUGGUGAAAAGAAAGGGGGCAUUGUUUUAAGUAUGUGUAGGCAGUGAUUUGUGCCUAAUACUGAUGAUAUGUGAUUGGCUUUCUUCUAGGUCAAACACCUUUCACAUCUGUGCUUUCAUUUGCUAUUUUUAAGGGAUGAUGAAUAAUAAGUUCAGGUUAGACAAACGCAGCAUGGCCACCAAAAACAUUGUGCAUGCAGUCUGCUGUAUUAGUGGUGACAAUUACAUUAGGUGCUCUAAUACGCUUAAACCUCAUUAUAACAAAGCUGCAUCUUACGCAAAAAUAAGUUUUGUGUUGCUGAAAAUUUAUUACAAAGGUUUAUUCCUACAUCUAUUGCACGACUAUUUUUCAUUCACUUUGUUAAAAUCAAUAUUUUGUUAAUUCGGGUUCAUUAUAUUGAGGUUUGAGUGUGUGCACUGACUGACUUUUGCUGGUACAAAUGCUUUAAAAUAAAUGAAAUUUUAAUAUUAUGUGCAUUUGAAAGACAAAAGUCAUGAGAAAAAUAAAGGAAAAUUUCUGCCUUGU